AGACGACUCAGCGAGUCUGGCCAGUUUUCAGUAACAGAGCGCGUGUGUGAAGUGACAUCAUAAACUGCCUUAAACUUGAACGGUUGAUUUUUAAGUAGCUUCGACUGAUUGGUAGUUCAUUUUUCUGUUUUUUAUUACUGCGUGCAGCGAUUUAUUGUGCGGUUGUUUGGAGGUGUAGUAAAACGGCCGGUGGAAAUGGACACGAGAAGAGGAAGUGACCGCAUAUGACGUUUCCAGUCACGUUUUUGUAUAAACUUGGAGCCUAACGUUCACUCACUCCAUCGAAGAUCGAAGAACAAUGGAUCUCGAUAACCCAUCAUACUUUUCGGUGCCCGAUGAAGCCUGCUCGACCUACAAGAACUUCUGCAAACGCAGAGAACGUUACGGGAACGCGGACAGCGUCAGCAGCACGUCGGAUUGCUCGCUGACCCGACAGCUGACGCCGCCCAGGAACGGCGCCAACGGCGGCUCCAAGAUGAGAAACCUGAUGAGAUCGAUCAGCUCGAAUUCGGCGGACUCCAACAAGGAGCUGCUGAUAAUGGGCGAGCCCCGACUGUCGGACUUCGCGCCCGACAUAGCGGCCCGACACGCGGCCGCCGUGCGGAGCAACUCCCUGAAGAACACCAGGUACGACGACGUGGUGUACUCGCCGCUGGCCACCGCCGAGGAGCAGGACUCGGGCGACGAGGUGUUCGUUACGGAGGAGUCGGCCAGAUACUAUAACUUUCCCGCGAAAAAGACGGCGGGCCAGAGGCGGCACUCGAUCGGUACGUUCAUGGCGAGGGACCGGGUGAACAGUGCGGCGUCGUCUUCGAGGAGUUUCAAGGAGGAGUUCCCGCACGCCGGGCCGUCGUCGGUGUCCGAAAUGGACGAUCACUCCCUGAGGCACGGAUCGUAUCCCAGGAAGAGGUGUAUCAAGUGCACUAAAGGGGUUCCCCCAAAGCCCACAAAUAUGGACGACAUACUCAUUGUUUCGCUAAAAUGCAGCGAAGCAUCUUCACUUUGGGUGGAAUACUUCUCCAGCUACUUUCAACAAGUUAACAAAAAAGCAAACAGAAAAGGAUUUAAAAUCCAAGAGUUAGGUGUAGAAGAAAUAAUAGAAAACAAAGAUUUGAAGCCAUUAACUGACAAAACAUCAGGAGUGAAACUACAGUUGAUAGUUAUUGACCCAAGUCUGUUGGAAUUCAUUUCUCAACAUGCUGAAGAAAGCCAAAAGUUAGGAAGCAUCCUUCUACCAGACAGAACUUUGGCCCUUUUACUCGGCGUCAAGGACUCAGAUCUCACUGAAGAACACCUCAAAGUAUUACCCACAUAUUUCCAAUGGCAACGUAAAGCUGUGGGACAGGACCAGGACGAAAAUUUCACCAAGGACUUCUUAAGUCAAGCAAUGGCCAUACUUUCUAAAGUGUGGAAACAACAGAGCUCGGCUCUGGCCCAAGAGAAUUCGUUUUUCUCAGUCACACCCAAAAAGAUCCGUCAAGGUCAAAGCAGCGUUUUCGUCAUCCUGACCUAUCCCCUACAAAAAGAGGACAUCGUCAAAGUGUCGGUGGAGAAAAACGGCGAAAUAUACGAGAUCACGUCGACGAAACGACGCAAUCCCUAUUUGAUUAAAAUGUCACUGCCCGACCACUUGACUGAAGAGACCGCCAUCGUAAACAUCCUCGUAGAGAAAAACGGCAGCAUCAUCGGACGAAGACCAAUCAAGUGCGAGAGCAAACUCAGGGAGCUUGAACAAAUUUUGCGGAUGAGCAACAAUCCGAUUGAAUUCAUGUGUCAGACAUUGGGCUUCGCGCCAGCUGAUAGAGAACACUUGGACAACUGGAUGAUCCAAGCCUUCCAAAGAAACCUCCCACCUCAUUUCAACCUUCUGGCCAACCAUACUACACCGUUUUCAGCGGCAGUGCAGGUCCACAAACGCAGUAAUGAGGAGUAUCCCACUCUACUUCACUUCGCCGCCAAAUUCGGAUUGGAGAAACUUACCAUGCAAUUAUUAGACUGUCCUGGUGCGGAUAUUGCGCAAGAAAUAAGGAACGUUCACGAUUUGACUCCUGUUGAAAUAGCUGAAUCAAAUGGACACCUGGAGCUGUGUUGCAUGUUAAAGGGCUACAUUAGUAUGACGGAGUUUACUAGUGUUUAUACUAAACUUAAGGAAGGUAUGAAAAAUAUGGAAAUAGAUGAGGAAGGUUAUUUGUCUCCGAAAGUGGUGGAAGGAUUUUAUCAACACCCGCCGACUGCUGCCAGACCCGUAGAAACACCACCCACAAUAACAAUAGAAGAUGAAUCUACCUCAUCAGAAUACAUAAAAAUGGACCCUUUAAGUAAUUCACCUUCUCCUAAAGGCGUUUUAAACCAAAACCACCACCCCCACGAACCACCACAGUUAAACAAAAAAGAAACGGAGCCAAUAAAACCGCCGCAAAUUCCAAAGACCUUGGACAUAGUGGAAGAUAAAGUACAGAAAGAGCUUGCGGAAAUAAUAUUGGAUUUCAAGAAUAACGUCCACUCAAUUGCUCAAGUAGAAAAGCUUGUUGAGGAAUGGAAAAAUCGUAACGACGUACAAAAAUCCUUUAAAGAAAAACAGGAGCAAUUAAAAGAGAUGAGAUUGAAAUACGAAAAAAUUCAGCACGACAUGAAAAUGUCAUUGAAAAAACCUUCCGCUUUGGAAAAAAUAGUUAGGAUAUUCUCGAAACAGAGAAAUAAAGAUGAAAAAUUGGACGUGUCUUCGCCCAUUUCGGAAUCUUUGAGUCCACCCUCCCUCAGUGCUCAAAGACCGAUUAGUGCUUUAAGUACGUCCAGUUCCGGUUCGUCAGGGAGGAUGAGUACUUUGAGCGGUUGCAGUUUGGGUGAUAGUGGGACGCACUCAGAUAAUGAAGAGAGAAAGCACAUGUUAAUAGGGAAUCACAACGACGAUGACUUGAAAAAUGAAUUUUACAAAAUGGUGCCAGCUCCAAAACCUGUAAAAAUGUUCCCUCCAAAGCACACUUUCGAAACGAUCGAGGAAAACACAAUACGACCGAAUAAUAAUACUGAUGGUUACAUACAUUUUCCUCCUUCCGGAUUGCCAGUCCCAGGUCUAAUAGAAGAGAAUGAAAGUAAUGACGAAACGUCAAGAGAAUAUAUGAAUCUGAGGAUUGAAGAAAACCUGGAAACACACGAUUAUAUGAAUUACAAAUCACCGAAUGUACGAUAAGACUUAUAGCAUUACUGAAUAUUUAUGUAAUUUAAUGUAAUUUAUUUAUUCUAUGUUUAUAUUUUAUGUAAUUUUAUAUGUCAAACAGUUUAUAUUAAAUUGUUUUAUUAU